UUUGGCGCUGGCUCAACAUUGUUUGCAUGAAAAUGCACUGAAAAGUUGGCAUUUCCAUCAUCAUCAAAACGUCCACAUCUUGAUCGAAGUCCAGAUGAAAGGACUCGUUGCCUGGCUCUUGCUCAUAAUCACCUAUGUGGUUGCCCAGCAGCCCGGGAGCUAUGAAGCAACCCGCACCGCUCUCAUCCCAAGUUCUCCUCCUCAACCGACCCCCACGAGCGGUUUCCGGAUAGACCCCAAAAAGCUUUCGAAAGAGGUUCAUGGCUUCUUCAGAGCAUAUGGUUGGCUGAAACAUAACCAAACUAUCCAAGACUCUGAAAUGCCUCGGGCAAUUAGGAAGAUCCAAAGGGCGAUCCGACACCCAGAGACGGGAGUUUACGAUGCCGGACUGAAUGCUGUGAUGAGUCGUCCGCGAUGUGGUACAGAGCAGCCAUACAAUGCGACAGCCGCGAACGAUGGAAGUGAUUUGCAUAAGCGUUACGUGCUUUGGGGCCCAAAGUGGAACCAUUCGCCUGUCACAUACCGCUUUAUCAACUAUACUGCAGACUUGGACGUGGCAAGUCAGAGAACCGUGAUUAGUCAAGCUUUUGCCAAGUGGUCUACCCUCACAGCUUUACAAAUAGUCCCUGCCGCUUCCAAUGCCGCUGGGGCGGAUAUAAACAUAAUGUUUCGAGCCAUGGGCAGCUCUGAGACUGCCUACGCAAUCACCAACAUGAGAGCCGACGGCGUUGAGCUAUCAUCUGGUCUAAUCAGCAUCACUUUCAAUGAUGAUUUCCCAUGGAAUGACGACCGUCUCUUCAACUUCACAGCCGUACAUGAAAUAGGUCACGCUUUGGGUCUUAGCCACAGUACCGUCGAAGACGCGGUCAUGUUCGCGUACUACUUCGAAGGUCUGCUCAGACCGCUCCACCCAGACGAUAAAGCCGCCAUCCACAAGGUAUACGGCUGGAACACUCCCCGGUUCACCCGCAUCGACAGCAACUCGGCUCUGAAAAGCGUCAUCCAAGUAUCCUCUAGCACCGACACCACGACCAACAUCAAUGGUAUCUACCAACUCCGCACCAACGGGCAAAUCCUAUACUACACCCCCGGCCGCUCCUGGACAACCCUCUCCACAGCAACAACAAACACGGCGCAAAUCACCGGCGCAAACGGCAUCCUCUACCAACGCCGCUCAGACGGCAGCAUAUACCGCUUCACCUCCUCAUCAUCGACCUGGCAACUCAUCGGGGCACCCUCAGACAGCGUCCUCGACAUCGUCGCGGCAUCAACCGAGAUCUACGCCCGUCGCAGAGACGGCGUGAUUGCGCGCUGGGGGGGCACCCAGCAGUCCUGGACCACCAUCCCCGGCCCCACAUCGCCACUGCCCUCGCAAAUCGCCGUCACAGACUCAAAAACGCUCUGGAUCCUCUUGUCCAACGGCGACCUCGUGCGUUCGCUGUGGCCGUAUACUUCUGAAGGCUGGCAGCUCGUCGACAUCAACCCGGAUAACAUCCAAAUCGCCGUCGGCGGAGACGAGUUCUACAAGCUCCAGCGCGACGGCGCGGUCGUGUGGCUGGACAUGAAGAAUUACUUCUGGAGCAUCAUUGAGGAUAACGGCAGUGUUGAGGUCUUUGCCGUCGGCGGGUUUGCGUAUAGUCGGCAUGAUGAUGGGAGUUUGUGGCGGUAUACGGGGGUUCCUAUGGUGUGGGAGUUGCUGGAUGAGGAGAGGGAGGCUGUUGGCGUCGUUGGGGAUCGUGAGGGCAACGUUUAUCAGGUCGUACAGGGUGGGGAGAUUUGGAGGCUUGUUUCGUAG